GUUUUCUGAUUUGCUGCUUCCUCCUCCCACUGAGUGUCUCUUCUGGAGGCCAGGGUGGGAGGUAGAAGAGGAUGGCCAUGGAGAUCAGUGCCCAGAGUAGACAGCGUGCCAUUGGGCAAGAGGAGUACAACCUGUACAGCAGCCUGGGCGAGGAUGAGCUGGUCCAGAUGGCCAUCGAGCAGAGCCUGGCUGACAAGACAAGGGGCGCCACCACUACUGAGGCUGCCGUGUCUGCUCGUGCUAACUGCCCACCCGCCCAUUUCUACCCGUGGACCAGGUCCGCUGCACCGCCUGAGAGCCCACCGGCCUCGGCCCACUUGGGCUUGUUCCAGGGGGUCAUGCAGAGGUACAACAGCAGAUUGUUGAAGACCUCCCAACCGGUGGACCCCAUGCUGCAGGCCAUCAAGGAGGGCGAUGAGGAGGCUCUGAAGGCCAGAAUCAAGGCAGGGGAGAGCCUGGCCGAGCCCAACAAGGAGGGCUGGUUGCUGCUGCACGAAGCCGCCUACUACGGCCAGCUGGGCUGCCUGAAGGUCCUGCUUCGAGCAUAUCCGGCAACCGUGGACCAGCGCACCCUGCAGGAGGAAACGGCCCUCUACCUGGCAACGUGCAGGGGACACUUGGACUGCCUCCUGUGGCUGUUGCAGGCUGGGGCAGAGCCUGACAUCUCCAACAAGGCCCGAGAGACACCGCUCUAUAAAGCCUGCGAGCGCAAGAAUGUGGACGCAGUGAGGAUUCUGGUGCAGUACAAUGCGGACACCAACCAUCGCUGCAACCGAGGUUGGACAGCUCUGCACGAGUCCGUCUCGCGCAAUGACCUGGAGGUCAUGGAGAUCCUGGUGAGCAGAGGCGCCAAGGUGGAAUCCAAGAAUGCCUACGGCAUCACCCCGCUGUUCGUGGCCGCCCAGAGUGGGCAGCUGGAGGCCCUAAGGUUCCUGGCCAAGCAUGGUGCCGACAUCAACACACAGGCCAACGACAACGCGUCCGCCCUCUACGAGGCCUGCAAGAACAACCACGAGGAGGUGGUGGAGUUUCUGCUGUCACAGGGUGCUGAUGCCAACAAGACCAACAAGGAUGGCCUGCUGCCCCUGCACAUGGCCGCCAAGAAGGGCAGCUACAGGAUCGUGCAGAUGCUGCUGCCGGUGACGAGCCGCACGCGCGUGCGCCGCAGCGGCAUCAGUCCGCUGCACCUGGCGGCCGAGCGCAACCACGACGCGGUGCUCGAGGGGCUGCUGAGCGCCGGCUUCGACGUGAACGCACCGCUGGCACCCGAGCGCGCGCGCCUCUACGAGGACCGGCGCACCUCUGCGCUCUACUUCGCCGUGGUCAACAACAACGUGCACGCCACCGAGAUGCUCCUGCUGGCCGGCGCCGACCCCAACCGCGACAUCCUCAACCCGCUGCUCGUGGCCAUCCGCCACGGCUGCCUGCGCACCAUGCAGCUGCUGCUGGACCACGGCGCCAACAUCGACGCCUACAUCGCCACGCACCCCACCGCCUUUCCCGCCACCAUCAUGUUCGCCAUGAGGUACCUGUCGCUGCUCAAGUUCCUCAUGGACCUCGGCUGCGACGGCGAGCCCUGCUUCUCGUGCCUCUACGGCAACGGCCCGCACCCGCCGGCCGCCGCGCGCUCCAGCCGCUUCAGCGAUUCGCCCACCACGGUCAAGGAGCCCAGCGUGGUGCAGUUCUGCGAGAUCCUCUCGGCCCCGGAGGUGAGCCGCUGGGCAGGGCCCAUCAUUGAUGUGCUCCUGGACUAUGUGGGCAACGUGCAGCUCUGCUCGAGGCUGAAGGAGCACAUCGACAGCUUCGAGGACUGGGCCGUUAUCAAGGAGAAGGCAGAACCUCCGAGACCCCUGGCUCACCUUUGCCGUCUGCGGGUGCGGAAGGCCGUUGGGAAAUGCCGGAUAAAACUCCUAGACACAUUGCCGCUGCCAGGCAGGCUGAUUAGAUACCUGAAGUACGAGAGCAGCCAGUAA